CCCUUUUGUUCCGUUUCGUGCACUUAAGCCGUCCGCACGCCGUCUUCCCCAUCUCGCGCAGCGCUACUGCCGGCUGUCCGGAGUCCCGACCACCGUCCUCGGCUCCCCGCCGUGAAUCCAUCAUCCCGUAAUGGAGACCUGCCCCUCGGUGAAGAACAUCCUCUUGCUGGACUCGGAGGGAAAGCGCGUCGCCGUAAAGUACUACAGCGAUGACUGGCCUACUCUAUCCGCGAAGCUGGCCUUCGAGAAGUCGGUAUUUACCAAAACCCAGAAAGCGAAUGCUGGAACGGAAGUUGAGAUUGUAAUGUUUGACGGUCAAAUUGUGGUAUACAAGUUCAUCCAAGACCUGCACUUUUUUGUUACUGGAGGAGAAGAAGAGAAUGAGCUUAUUUUAGCAUCAGUUCUUCAGGGAUUCUCUGAUGCUGUCGAACGACUUCUCAAAAACAUGGUUGACAAAAGGACAGCACUCGAGAAUUUGGAUAUGAUCCUAUUGUGCCUUGAUGAAAUUGUUGAUGGAGGGAUUGUACUUGAAACAGAAGGAAGAGAGAUAGCUGAAAAGGUGUCUGGACAUGGAUUGGAGGGUGCUUCAUCAGCUGAGCAGACUUUAGUCAACGCCCUAACGCAAGCAAGAGAGCAUUUUGCGAAGUCUCUUCUCAUGUGAUGCUAUGCUUUAUAUAUUAGGGCGACGAUGGAGUAUCUAUUACUGUGUCUGGAUAACACAGUUUUUUUUUUUGGUUAGCAGUGGACCAAAAAAAAAAAAGGUCUGAAAUCUUUGAAUGUGUAGAAUGGCAUGUUGUGUCCAAAAUUUUCAUUUGUAAGCCUUCAAAGUUGUGUAGCAUGUUUUUUUCUUCUAAUUUUGACUGGUUUCGUUAUCGGUCGUUUUGUUUAAUCUCUUCCUGUUGUAAACGGUAAAAUAGCAUGCUUGAUGGCAUGUUGUAACUUAACAAAUUAGGGCUACACUUUGUUUAAGAUGGUAAUGUCUCCCUGAAACC